CCGGAAGUUGCCGAAGGCGCCGGCGCAGGGCGGGCAGAGGAGCGACGGGCCGAGCGGCUCCUACCCCCCCCCUCCCCCCCCCACACACAGUAACGGCCCAACCGCGCCCGGGAACCGCCUGAAGAAGGGUCUUGAACCGAAACGUCACCCAUUGCUUCUCUCCAGAGGUGCUGCACGUCCCAUUGAAUGACUCCAGCAUGUUGGCUCGAUCUUCGGUGUAAACCAGCAUCUGCAGUUCCUUCCCACACAAGGUGAUCCUGCAUCUGGUGGGUGAGUGAGGAUGAGUCGACCGCCCUCCUCACAGAACCUCAGCUGCGGGGCGUGGGAGAUGAAGGAGCGGCUGGGCACCGGCGGGUUCGGCAACGUUAACCGGUGGAAUAACAAGGAAACGGGGGAGCAGAUCGCUAUCAAGCAAUGUCGCCAGGAGCUGAGCCCCAGGAACCGUGAGCGCUGGUGUCUGGAGAUUCAGAUCAUGAAGAGGUUGAACCACCCGAAUGUGGUGGCAGCCCGGGACGUUCCAGAGGGGAUGCAGAAACUGGCCCAGAACGACCUGCCGCUGCUGGGCUUGGAGUACUGCGAGGGAGGAGAUCUCCGCAAGGUGCUGAACAAGUUUGACAACUGCUGUGGCAUGCGGGAGAUGCCAGUGCUCAUCCUCCUCACUGACAUUGCCUCCGCCCUGCGGUACCUGCAUGAGAACAGAAUCAUCCACCGCGACCUGAAGCCGGAGAACAUCGUCCUCCAGCAGGGUGACCAGCGGUUAAUCCACAAGAUCAUAGAUCUGGGCUACGCCAAAGAACUGGAUCAGAACAGCCUGUGUACAUCCUUUGUCGGGACCCUGCAGUACUUGGCGCCGGAGCUCCUGGAGCAGAAGAAGUACACGGUGACGGUGGACUACUGGAGUCUGGGAACGCUGGCCUUCGAGUGUAUCACCGGCUUCCGGCCCUUCCUACCCAACUGGCAGCCCUUGGCCUGGCACAGCAAGGUGAAGCACAAGGGGGAAGUCGACAUCAUGGUGGUGGAGGACAUGAACAUGGAGGUGAAGUUCUCCAGCCAUCUUCCUGAACCCAACAACCUCAACAGGGAGCUGCUGGGUCCCAUGGAGCAGUGGCUGCAGCAGAUGCUGAAGUGGAAUCCCUCGGAGCGGGGCACGGACCCUGUGUUUGGCCCCAACGGCUGCUUCAGGGCCCUCGAUGCCAUCCUGGAGAAGAAGUACGUGCAGAUCCUGGACAUGCAGUCGGGCACGCUGCACACCUACCCGGUCAGCCCUGAGGCCAGCGUGCAGUCACUGCAGCAGUGGAUCGAAGCCACCACCUCCAUCCCGCUCUUCACCCAGGACCUGCUGCUGGAGACGGGCACCGCUCUCGACCCCCGCCGACCUGUCACCCAGUGUGUGUCCGACAGCAGGCAGAACGAUGGGAAGAAGUCGGAGCUGACCGUCAUCUACCUGUUUGACCGGAGCACGAGCAGCUACAGUGGCCAGGUGGCCCCCCCUGCCCAGCCCCACGGCGUCAGCUUCAUCCUGCAGGACCCGAAGAAGCAGUUGCCGUACCAGCAGCUGCGGCGUUCGUGGGGGCAGAGCUGGCACUUGAUUCGCAGCCUGAAGGAGGACUGCAUCCGGCUGCAGCAGGGGCAGCGAGCCGCCAUGAUGAGCCUGCUACGUUACAACAGCACGCUGUCCAAGCUGAAGACCACCAUGAUGUCCAUGUGCCAGCAGCUGAAGGCCAAGUUGGAUUUCUUCCGCGUCAGCAUCCAGAUCGACCUGGAGAAGUACAGCGAGCAGAUGGCCUUCGGGAUCACCUCAGAAAAAAUGAUCGCUGCCUGGAAUGAGAUGCAGAUGAAAGCUGAAGGCUGUGGAAGGACGGCUGACGUCAGCAGUCUAGACGAGCAGUCGAUGGCGCUGCAGACGGACCUGGUCGACCUGCAGCGGAGCCCCUCGGCCUGGCGACAGGGGGAGGCGCUGGAAGUUCAGGAGGAAGCCGCCAUGGAUUUGUUUCGCAAACUCCGGGAAAGACCGAGAGACCAGCGUACGAGUGGAGACAGCCAGGAGAUGGUGCGUGUCCUCCUGCAAACCCUGCAGUACUUCGACAGGAAGGUGAAGGACAUCUACUCCCACCUCAGUAAGACACUGGCGUGCAAGCAGAAGGUGAUGGAGCUGGUGCCGCGGCUGGAGCGGGUGCUGCAACUGAUGAACGACGAUGAGAAGCUGGUGAUGAAGCUGCAGGAGAAACGGCAGAAGGAGCUGUGGCACCUACUGAAGAUCGCCUGCAGCAAAGUCCGAGGCCCGGUGAGUGGCAGCCCGGAGAACAUCAGUGCCACCUCCAGCAUGGAGAAGCCAAAGAGCGGCGAGGAGUCGCUGGUGAUGAUUGAAGAAAGUCAGAACUACCGCAGCCAGCUUCUGACCGUCAUGCAGGAGACAAUCCAGGACCGAGAUAACUCCUUGCAGUCACUGGAUUGGAGUUGGCUGUCCAGCUAAGAGGGAGAAAGCAGUGGAGGUGGAUGUCUUGUGAUCAGCGGUGAACUCAAGCCUGCCUCCCACCCACGUGGACUUGCGGUACAUCAGCUCCCUCUUGUCUUGGGAAGAAAUGACAUCCCACAUUCUUAGCGAACUGGUGACCAGUGCCAGGAAACCCGAUUCUCUAGCCCGAUGCUCUAAUCUUUCCUAACUCCUGGAACCAGGAAGAAAUCAAUCUGAGGAAGGGUCUCGAUCUGAAACAUCACUCAUUCCCUCUCAUCACCCCAGCAUUUUGUGUCUAUCUUCGGAAAUCAAUCAGCUCCUGGAAACCACCCCAAGUGGACACUUGGCAACAUUUUCAGCAGAGGGCUUGGGUCUGUUCUGUGCUGUACUGUUCUACGUCCUAACGAUCCUAAAUGCGUCUCGGUCUGCCCUCUCCAUGGUGUGCCUCUUGUGGGAGAAGGGCUGCUCCAUCUUGUGUUGGGAGGGGAGGGCUGGGUAGUGGGAGCAUUCUGCCACACAGGACUACACUGGCCAGAAGACUUCUGAUUCCAGCUUAUUGCUCAUUCCGCGGCGGGCUUGCGAUAAAAUGUUUUGCUCGAACAGGUUGCAGACACGGCUAAUGACUAAUUGUAGUAAAACAUGUAAUCAAUGCACUGCACAGAUCCACCAGCAAACUAUUUUUACAAUAAAUAAAAUUCCGUUAUAUGUGCCUUAUAAAA